AUGAUCGUCGAGGUUCCCGAGCGGAUUUUCGUCGAGAACAUCGAGAUCUUCAUACUUUUGAUCGUCGUCGCAGUCGCUGUCUUGUUAAAUGCCCUGGUCUUCGCACAGAUUGUUUCAACAACAAAGUAUGUUUUUUGUUCUUCGUCCUAUAUGACGUUAAACUCCCCAACUUGAAUGAAAGAUAUAAGUUUAAAAUCGAGUUAUCCACUCAUAUGGAACACCUGCGUUAUUAGAAAAAUUACAAUUAGAGCUUGUACUUUUAUUUUAUUUUUUGCCCUAAUAAAAAUUCACUCAAAGCAAUGACGAAUGCUUUGCUGGAGGUCAUGAAAAACAUUUCUCCUUAGACCUACUCAUAAUUUUUGGAAAGUGAAUCACAUAUCCGUUUUUAGGACACCGACUGUGAGAACUAACUUCCUCACGGGGCCUUAUCACAAAAACUCGUUCCAACUGUUCAAACUCAAUUUGUGUAUUUCCGACUUUUUCAUCCUUCUCAUAUAUGCCCUGGGAAAGGUAAUUUCCUCACAGGAAAGACCACCAGCUCAACUUUAUUUUUUUUCAGAUUGUGUGGCUAACAACUUUCGAGUGGAAACUGGGCAACUCGGGAUGCAAACUGUACAAAUUUUUCUCGUCGUUUUCUUUUUAUGCCAAUUCCAACAUUAUCGUUGCCAUUGCGCUAGAUAGAUUGAAAGUCGUCUAUACAACGCAAAUUCAAGGUUUACUCAAUUGGAAAAACGUUUCUUGAUGAAAAGACUUUUCAAAAAUUUUCAAGUUCAAACCAUCGCCAGAAUAUUUUUGCAACUGUUUCUGAUAUUAUCAAAAUCAUUAAAACUCCUGAAGCAAAUGUUAUUAACAGCCGAUUUGAAAUAUUAUUGGAUGAGAAUUUCGUCAGGGAAAUAGUGUUCAAAAAUAUGAGUUUGAGAGGUUUCCGUAGUAACAUUUGUCCUAAGUUAACAUUAUAGGAAUUUCACCUGUCAAUAACUUCAUGUGACUUUAAAUGGCAGAAAAAAUUGAUAAGCUCUGAAAAAUAUAUUUAGAAAAGGAAGUUCGAAAAUAAUCCUUUUCGACUUGCAGGAGCAACGAGUGUGAGAAGAGUCAGAUGUAUGAUUUUCGGCUGCUGGCUCUUCGCCUUUCUUUGUAGUUUUCCGCAAUUCUUCAUUUGGAGAACCAUGCCCGUUGGCUCAACUUGGGAGCAAUGUGUUACUAUUUUUGCGGUCAGUAUGAAAUAUCAUAUAAAAAACUUUCAAAAGAGAGCAUCAAAUUUUUUUUUCAAGUUUAAAGUCAGUUUUGUUGAAUUUAAUCGGAACCAAACAAAACUUCAACUUUAUAGGUGGCCAACUAUCACAACGCAACUACCGAGCUCUUGGAAAGAAGUGCAAUAUUCUAUGAGAUUGGGCACCAAUUCACAGUUUUUUGGCUUCCGUUGAUGACAAUCCUCAUCAGCUACAUUUUGAUCGUUCUCAAGUUGCUUCAUUACAGUUUGCGAGCACGCGAAAAAAUAAAAAUUGCUCGGUUUUCCGACAGCGAAGAGAGGUGAGCCAAUUUUUUUGUGCACAGAGUGAACUUUCAGAAAACUUUAAUAUGUUCUUUUGAAAUAGCAUUCCGUGACUUUAUGAAAUUCAGGCCUCUCACAAAUUCUUUCGAUGUCUUUGGCAAACGAGUGAAAAGGAAAAGCCGCUGGGAAAAUUUUCUGCAGCUGAAUAUGAUCAAAAAACAAAGAGAUACACCGAGGCCUGUUUCAGGUACGUAUCUUUUUUUCACAAAGUUUGAGCACGUUGAAAAUGCCGUAGCGCUUUUAUCAAAGAUUUAAGGUUGGAAGAUAAUAAUUUUAAAAAAGGAAGUAAUAAUUCUCUACUAAAGAAAAAGUUCUCAAGUUCUUCAAUUCUCAAUGAGGAACUUUUUCAAACAACUAAAAAAAAAAUGAACUGUAACUUUAUAUUAUAACGACUGAUUAUUCAUGAAAAUAGUCUUCUGGUUUUAAAAAUGAUAAGGGAUGUAAAAAAAGAACAAACAGUCUUAGAAAAAGUGAAAAAAUUUUUGGAUUUUAUUCAAAUAUUCUAAAAAUGUACUAAAACUCUAAUGCAGCCCAAAGACUUCAGCGACAGCAAAAGAACAAGCACACGAGUUUGGAGGGCAAUUGAUUACUACAGAAACUGUGCGAACCCGAGAAUACAAUUCAAAGUUUCAAUAAACUUUCGAUGCAUUAAAGAUACAUUGAAGACAGAAAAUUCUCAUCGGAAAAAAUACUUUCAUUUGGACACUUGUGGAUGGAAAAUAGCCAAUCUUUUUUUUCUUACAGGAAUAACGCUUCAUCGAACGAAAAGCUGGCCGACUUGGCGCUCACAACUAGGUUCUCGCGUUUUUCGAAGUGCUUGUCUUAUCGUCGUCACUCACAUCACCCUGUGGCUCCCGUACAACACAAUUAGCGCCACUAGGUUUUUCUCCUUCAUCCCUUUUUUUAAACAUCCUUUGUUUCCAGAUUCAUCGAUCAAGAGUUCUACCAAAGAGUUAUGGAAAACGGAGGAAACUUUUUGGAAGACCUGAUAGUGGUCAAUUCGCUUUUGAACCCACUCCUUUACGCUCAAAGACGAUGUCGGAAAUGA